AUUCUGUUAACCUGUAUGGGAGAGGAUGUUCGUAAAGUGCUCAUUUUUGUUGGCAUUAAGUUUAUUAAGUAAUAUAAGAAGUGAACAAGAACAAGAUCAUAUAACAGUGAAUUAUUUCUAUUACAAUUAUUUCUAAAUUUUUAGAUGUUUAUGUCUAAGUACAUUCUUGCAUUCUUAUAUUACAUAGGUAGCAAUCCAUGUGGCUGUUGGUUGUAGUGGCUCUCGACAAAAAGUUGGAUGCCCUCCAGUUAAAUGCGGUAGAAGCAUUAGAAGAAAUAGAAUCUUCUAGCUUUAAAACCAAUCAAAGUACAAACACAAGAAUGAUAAUAUUGGGUGAAGAUGGUAUGAGAUCUCAGUAUGUACCACCAAAACCAACAGUAAAAAUAUUAAAAAGACCAACAAGAGAUUCCCAAGGUAGCGGAGAUGGUCCAUUAGUAAAUGGAGACAAACCAAAACAUCCUAUAAAAACUUUGAAACAGAGGGAGCAAGAGUAUGCAGAAGCAAGAAAAAGAAUUCUAGGCGAAGAAAAAAGUCCAGAAGAGAAAUUAGAACAAGAAAUAAAUAGAAUACAACCAAAGACAAUAACUGCUAGUGGUAGUGGCCUACCAAGUAACAUUCUUCGUCUGCCUAUUGGACCAGAUGGAACGCGAGGGUUUAAUGUACGCAGGUAGCGCGUCUUCCAGAGAUCAACUUUUUCCACCUAUCUUUUUCCUCUUCUUCCUUCUUGUUGGCAUGAGGAAGAGAGGCGGCUAUGAGGCUGAUGGCAGACAACAGCAUGCUGUUUCUGCCCAAAUGCAAGCAUUAUGCUCCAGUCAUUUUGAAAGGAGCAUGAUAAAAGCUAUGCCCUCUGGGCACUGCAUUACAUAGACCAUAACUACAAAAGGAUCAAGACUAAUAAAUCGGCAAAGAUGAGUUACUAUAGAAAUGGUAAUAUUUCUUACCUAUAUAAUACUAUGUUUUGUUGAUGUUUGUCAUAUUUUAAACAAUUUUGAAUAACAAAAUUGAAAUCUACAAUCGUCGUAUAGGGAACAUGUUAAAAUGAAAUAUUUGACUUACAAUAUGAUAUGAAGUGAGAAACUAUUUUAUUUUCUGCACUUGUAUCUGCUAUUCAAGUCUUUGAAACAAAUUGAACAAUAAAAGACGUCUCUUAUUGUUAUGUA